CGCCCCCCUCGGCGAGAGAGAUGAUUCUUUAGAAGAAAUCGCUCCAUCACUCACUCAUUUCCCGUGUUAAUCGGGCUUGUGCAAUUUUGCGUGUGCGAUUUCACUGUGAUUUUCUUCUAGUUCGUUCGACAAACAGGUUGUGAUUUUGCGGAAUGGAGAACAGACAGACUGAGGCUCAGCAGGCGGAAGCAUCGGAAAUGGCCGACUUGGAGAACAUCGGUGUCACCGUCGAGCUGCACGUUUACGAUUUGACCAAAGGGCUGGCUGCCACUUUGUCACAAAUGCUGCUUGGAAAGCAUCUAGAUGGCGUUUGGCACACGGGCAUCGUAGCUUACGGCAGGGAAUACUUUUUUGGAUCCGGCGGAGUCCAGAGCGUCCGGCCGAGCGGCACCGUGCUCGGCCAGCCGGACCGGAUAGUCAAUUUGGGCGACACCUUCAUCCCUUACGAGGUCUUUCUCGACUACGUCCUUGGCCUGGGCGACAGCACCUUCAGGGCUGACGACUACGAUUUGUUCCGGCAUAACUGCAACACAUUCUCAAACGAAGUCAGUCAGUUUCUCUGCGGCACCGAGAUCCCAAAGUACAUCAUCGAUCUGCCCCAAGAGAUUCUAAACACUCCUCUUGGUGCUGCAAUCCAGCCGCUGCUUGACAGUUUGGGUGGCAACUCUCGUCGGUCAACCUCCGUGCUCAAUCCGAGCGCAGACCUUGGCAUCCUCAGCUUCUUGGCACCGCCGGUCCAGCCGAGUUACUUGCAGCAGCAACAACAGGUCGAACCACCUGCCAGGGAAUUCGAACUAAACACACAAGAGCUUUGUCGAACGAACCGGGUUUCGUUCAUCGAGCCGAACAACGAGGAGCAGAGCCACAAGAAGGAGAAGAAGAAAAAGCGGAAGAAGGAAGGACACAGGAGCAGGAAGCAGGGCAGCAGCAUGGCGGACAGCGAAUCGCAGAACGGCUCCGACGAGGUCAUCGAGGCGCCCCCAGAGCCCAAAGAAAAGUCCGGCCGCGACGCUGAGAAGUCGGUAGCCGAAUUCGAAGAGCAGGAGCGACAGGAGACCGAGGCCAAAAAGAAACAGAGAGAACCACCCAUAAUCUUCAAAGACCUGGUCGAUCUCCAAGCCGAAUUCGACGGUUUGGUCGAUUUGAUCGCCGGAGUUCUCACUCCCGAGGAGCAACAGUCGAUGGAGGAGCUGCACCAAUACAUGCUUGAAGACGAAGGUUCCUGGGCGCUUGGAGACAGUUUCCUCAACUUUGUUGGUCGUAUUCUGCACGACAAGUCAUUAAAAUCGGAAGCCCGAGUGAAGCUGCUGAACAUUCUGGCCGUGGCCGCGCUGAAAGACGACGUCAUCCUGAUGCUUCACCAGGACAGGCGUGAACACAUCCUCAUGAACUUCGCUCAGGACAUCGACAGGGUUCCCCUUGAGGAGCAGUUGUCUCUGACCCUUUUCUUUGCCAACUUGUUCGAGAACCUGAGCAGCUCGGAGUGGCUGCUGUACAUUUCCGAGUGGCAGUACUGCAACAACACCCUGAGCAACAUCAGGGUGACCACCAAGGUGGCGGUCAACUCGCUGCUGUCCGAGAACACGACGCUGCAGGACAGGGGCUCGGCCAUCUUGCACAACCUGGCCUGCAAGGAGAAAAUGAGCAAAAGGCAAAGCCUGCGUAAGAUUCUGCCGCCAGGCAGCGUUUCAAAGGUGUUCGACGACGUGGCCGUGGAGCUGACGAUGGCGCUGCUGCAGUACUUCAACAGCAACCCUCCCGAAGAGAAUUUGUACCGGUGCAUGAAGGCGCUGCACCGCUUCUGCCAGAUCUCCGCGCAAGAUGUGCCGCAGUUGGUGCAGAUGAUCGGACCCGAGCCGAGCAAGUUCAAGGGCACCUCCGAACGCCUCGACCUGCUCAUCACCGAGAUCAACCGCAAGCUCCGUUAACAAGCCCAAAAUAAAUUAAUUGCUGUAUUUGCCUGAAUUUUUAAGCAAAAAAUAUCAAGUUUUGAUUUUGGUCGGUAAAAAUUCUGGUAAAUGGCGAAAAAUAAAAUACCCACGUGAAUAUUAUUACGUCAUUCAUUACACCGAUAAUUUAUAUAAUAGACUCGUAAUGAUUAUUGCGCUGUCAUAGCUUUAUUUUGUAAUCUGCAUAGGAAUUAACACACGAACUUUUUUAUAAAAGCAGGGUGCGGGCUUUGUUAUUUAUUAAUAAAUAAACAACUGCUGUUUUUAAAAUGGGGGUUUCGUUAUUCAACACACAUCUCGUUUUUCUAAAGCUUUAUACGUUGUUAUUUGGAGUAAAUUUUGUUACGAAUGUAAAUGAAUACAAAAGAGUGAAAAUAACCAAAA